AUGUUUGGGUUCAUGUUUGGGUUUGGGUAUCUUUCCACCACCGAUGAGUACAAAGUUGUGAUGGGUGCGGAGAUGUUUUCAUCCAAUAAGGGAUCAUGGAAGCGGAUUCAAGUACCUCCCUGCAGCGUCGGGCAAUCAUGUGGUGUGUUUUCUAGUGGUGCAUUGCAUUGGCUACUCUAUUCCUGUGAUCAAAAGCAGCAAGUGCCAAAUCUGUAUGCUUUCGAUUUGGAGAAAGAGGAAUUUUGGAUGAUGAAGCUGCCAGAUGCUCUUCAAACCCUGGGCCUUGUUAGGAGCAGUAUUUCAUACCAACUUGGUGUUACUCGUGAAGGGUGCUUGUAUGUAAUGGUCCAGAGUGAGGUGUGGGAUUCUGGUAAAUUGGCCUCUUUUUAUGUGGUUGAUUUUUGGGUCAUGAGAGACUAUGACAACAGUGAUUCAUGGACUAAAUCAUUGGGUGUAAAGAUUUCCAAUCAGCCUGCGCGGCGGGAUUGGUUUUUAUCGAUUGAAGCAAUUUCGGUUUCGGAAACUAGUGCAUUUGUGAGGAAUACAUAUGCAGCAGUAGAACAAGGGGAACUCAUGUCGACCAUUUAUCAUCGCAAUGAAGAAAGCUCCCGUAUGUAUAUUCUUGAGAAUGGUGCACAAAGCAUGGUUGUAUACGAAGAGUCUUAUCACGUUGUCUUAAUCCAACACGAGGCCUGA